AUGUCUGCCAAAGCCAUUCGCGAGUAUGACGCUAAACUGCUGGUUGCCCAUUUCCUCGGCCGGGCUCCCCAGUUCGGCAAGGCUUGCCCUGCCCGACCCGAAUUCAAGGCGCCUGAGGUCAAAGUGGCUCAAAUCUCCUGGGACCCUCAAUCCAACACCAUCACCCCCGACAGCAGUCUGCCCUCAUGGGUCUUCAGCGAGAAGUUGGUCGUCAAGCCCGACCAGCUCAUCAAGCGUCGUGGGAAGGCAGGUCUCUUAGGUCUCAACAAGACCUGGCCGGAAGCCAAGGCAUGGAUCCAGGAGCGCGCUGGCAAGCCCGUCAAUGUCGAAGGCGUCGUUGGCACUUUGAACACCUUUAUCGUCGAACCCUUUGCCCCUCACCCAUCAGAUACCGAAUACUACGUGUGUAUCAACUCCGUACGAGAGGGCGAUAUGAUCCUCUUUACCCACGAGGGCGGUGUGGAUAUUGGUGACGUCGAUGCCAAAGCGGCCAAGAUCACAGUCCCAGUGGAUGGCGAUCUACCAGACCGAGCCCAACUCAAGGCCGGUCUUCUCGCCGCUGUUCCUUCUCACCGCCAGGACGCGCUGGUGGAUUUCCUCGUCCGACUCUACUCGACCUAUGUCGAUCUCCACUAUACCUACCUCGAAAUCAACCCCCUCGUGUGCAUGGAGGCUGCCGAUGGUUCCCCUUCGAUCGCCUUCCUCGACAUGGCUGCCAAACUGGAUCAAACAGCCGACUAUCUAUGCGGGGCCAAAUGGGCGAUCGGUCGUGAGACUUCCGGCGCUGUCAAUGGCACCAAGACCUUUGCCGACCGUGGGCCCCCAAUGGUGUUCCCAGCUCCGUUUGGACGUGACCUCACCAAGGAGGAAGCCUAUAUCCAAAAGUUAGAUGCCAGUACCGGGGCAUCACUCAAGCUUACCGUACUCAAUGCACACGGCCGAGUCUGGACUAUGGUCGCUGGUGGCGGUGCUUCCGUUGUCUACUCCGAUGCCAUUGCUGCCCAUGGUUUUGCUCACGAACUUGCCAAUUACGGAGAAUACUCGGGCGCCCCGACCAAGAGCCAGACCUUCGAAUAUGCCAAGACCAUUCUCGAUUUGAUGACCCGCGGUGAGCCUCAUCCUGAAGGCAAGGUCUUGAUCAUCGGUGGGGGUAUCGCCAACUUCACCAACGUCGCUGCUACCUUUGGCGGUAUCAUCGAUGCCCUCAAAAACUACAAGGAAGGUCUGCAACGCCAUAGAGUGAAAAUCUUUGUCCGACGAGGUGGACCAAAUUACCAAGAAGGAUUGAAGAAAAUGCGACUCAUCGGUGAAACCCUCGGCAUUGAAAUACAAGUCUUUGGACCUGAUACCCACAUAUCAUCGAUUGUCCCCAUGGCUCUCGGAAUCUCUAAACCCAUGUCGAAUGGCGUCCACAGCGGCCCAAAUGGCACCACCAACCACAAGACGGCCCCCGAAGUGAAGUCUGUCGCCUCACCCACAGCCCCAGAAUCAUUCGCUGCCACAGUGGUUCCUGAAAGCCGAGAAGAGCAUGGUGUCGUCUCGUUUGCUCAAGGAGCUCCUGCCGAACGCCCUUGGUUCCGCCCAUUCGAUGAAACCACUCGCGGUUUGGUCUAUGGACUCCAGCCUCGAGCUAUUCAAGGAAUGCUCGAUUUUGACUUUGCCUGUGGUCGCAAGAAACCCUCGGUAGCAGCUAUGAUCUACCCAUUUGGCGGCCACCACGUUCAAAAGUUUUACUGGGGCACAAAGGAAACUCUUCUCCCUGUUUACGCCACGAUUGCCGAGGCUGUCAAAAAGCAUCCCGAAGCCGAUACCCUUGUGAACUUUUCCUCAUCCCGUUCCGUUUACCAAUCUACUCUCGAUGCGCUUGAGAUUCCCCAAAUCAAAUCGAUCGCCCUGAUUGCCGAAGGAGUUCCUGAAAGACACGCCCGAGAGAUCCUCCAUUUAGCAGAAACGAAGAAGGUUAUCAUUAUCGGUCCUGCGACUGUUGGUGGUAUCAAGCCCGGCUGCUUCCGAAUCGGCAACACUGGUGGGAUGAUGGACAACAUCAUCUCUUCCAAGCUCUACCGCCCCGGAUCAGUAGCCUAUGUUUCCAAGUCGGGUGGAAUGUCGAAUGAGCUCAACAACAUCCUUUCUCUCACGACCAACGGGACUUACGAAGUAUCGCCAUCGGUGGGGAUCGCUACCUGGAACCACAUUCAUUGA